AUGAUGCGUCACGUGCCGUGCUUCUUGUAUUCCUUUCUAGGUAACAGCUCCACCGCGCGUCGGACUGAUGUACAGCGUGCUCGGCACUUGCAGGCACAGCUGAGCACUGCUUGCUGGCGACGGGCACAGCGAACGCGCACAGCACAAGGCCUCGGUGACGGCUGCAGGGUGGCGUUCUGGCGAGGCGUCCCCAGGAGGCCAGUCGCAGAGCGAUGGUGGAGUCCUCGAAUGGACGUCAACUCGAAUGACUUUCGCGUAGGCUUGACGAUAGAAGUGGAUGGUUCACCGUUUAAAGUGAUCGAGCACUUGCACGUCAAGCCGGGCAAAGGGGCUGCUUUUGUGCGCACCAAACUGAAGAAUCUGCUCACCGGAAAUACGAUGGAACGAACGUUUCGAGCUGGUGAAACAGUUCCAGAAGCACAAGUAGAAAAGUUUGAGGCCCAGUAUACGUAUUCAGCCGAAAAUGAAUACGUGUUCAUGAACAUGGCGACUUUCGAGGAGGAGCACGUGCCCAACGAAGUGGUCGGUGAUACGGCCAAGUAUCUGCGCGUGGGGCAAGACGUCUCAGUCACGAAAUGGAACGGGAAGCCCAUUGAAGUCGAGGUUCCAGCGACGCUGACCUUGGAAGUUGUUGAGACGGAUCCAGGCGUGCGCGGAAAUACGGCUCAAGGCGGAUCCAAGCCAGCGAAACUGGAGACCGGCGUCGUCGUCCAGGUGCCGUUGUUUAUCGAGGUUGGCGAGAAAAUCAAAGUGGACACGAGAACUGGCUCCUAUCUAUCGCGGGGAUAG